AUGGAUAAGUCUCCGGAACCAGACGAAGUGCUUCGCUCUUCGAAAGGGAGAAACAAUUUUCAAAGUCUGGCUCGGCUUUUGAUAAGUGGUGGUACUGCGCUACUGAGGGAGGUUUUUGACAUCAAAUGUCCUCCAAGUAAUCUUCCUACAAUACUUCAGAAUCCAGCCAAAAGGAGGCUACUUAAGGCAGCAAAGCUCAGCAAAUCACAGAGGGACUGCCUGUACCCCUCUCCAGGGAUGUAUGGAAAGUCAACAGACUUUGAUAUGACUCUCCUUUUCCGGUUGCUGAGGACGAUAUGCGGAUUCGCCCCUCCUGCCACGGGCUGGGAUUGUUUACCUUCAAGUACAGACCACAGCUUUGGAGCUGAUUUAGCGAGAAUUAAAUAUUACCGCAAUUCGAUAUAUGUUCAUGUGAACGAGAACAUGGAAAUAGCAGAUGAUGAGUUUUCAAGUCUUUGGAGAGAAAUCAGCGAGGCUCUGGUGAGAAUUGCGGGUCAAAUCAGCCCUGCAAAGGCAAGAGAAUGGAAGAAUGUUAUUGAUACAUACAAAGAUGAGUUCGGAGGGAAAAUAGAAUCUAUAGCCCAAGAAGUGCAGCGUUUGAGGCAAGAGCUUCGAGAUGAAGCCCAAGACAUCAAAGAUCGAUUAAAAGUGGCUGGCCAAACCAAUUCCUCAGCUGGAGGUCAGCUUAUUGACUUUUUUCUGUGUAUCUGUUACAAAUAA